GUGGAUUUACGCAGCCUAGCAAGCUAACGUUAGCUAGCUAUAUUGACAUUAUUUGUGUUUGUGACGUCUGCAGCUUUUUGGCAUUUAUAGAUGUUGUUUACCCCGAACGUAUUCUUUUAAGAGGCGAAUACAGUUAAAAGCCUACAUCUAUUAAUUCAACCUCUUAUGAAAUGGUAUAAGGUUUAUAGUAAACAUGUUAUGAAUGAUUAACUUGGGUGACCUAAAUUCUGUUCAGCAAACAUUUAACGUCCCUUUAAAGCUAGCCCAGACUACAUUAACUUAGCUUUUGUGAGUGUUUAAUUAUUUUUGCUUAAGCAUAUUUUUGCACAGUAUUGACAUUAAUCAGUGUAUUAUAUUGUAACAACUGUGUUAUGAUUAAAUAGGCUCAGGAAUGUGUAGUUUUUGAGCGGUGGGGGGGGAUCUUCCACUGAUAUGUGACACCCAGUAGGUGUGGUUUUGGAGACAACAUUUAUAAGCCCCCCUCGCUCUACUUGGGGAAACAGUUGUUGUGACCUUUUGUUUGCAUGCAAUGCAGAGCCAUUUAAAUACGUUGUUUUCCAGGAUGAGGGAUCUUCAAGCCAUUGACAGCUUGCUCUUGAAAGAGUUGAAGUCAUGUCGUGCAAACGAGUACAACUUUGUUCCCAGAGAGGCUGGCCUGAAGUUGAUGGAGUCGGCUUCCACAGAGAAUCACAGUGGAGUGUCUGCAAAAUGCAGAGACGCCAGAGUGGAAGAACUGUGGGGCCUGACCAGUUUCUUUGGAUACAGCACACAAACGUUUGUUCAAGCUGUCAAUUUGCUUGAUAGAUUCCUCUCCAUUAUGAAGGUGCAGCCCAAACACUUGCCCUGUAUUGGAGUCUGCUGUCUUCACAUUGCAGCCAAAAUGGUCGAGGAAGAGAACAAUGUCUCACCUACGCGUGAACUCAUCCGCAUCAGUCAAAGCAAGUUCACUGUGUCAGACCUGUGUCGUAUGGAGAAGAUCAUCUCAGAGAAGCUCAGUGUGGAGCCCGAAACAGUGACAGCCUUAACUUUUCUACACCUCUACUACUCAGCCUUUACAUCCCUAUCUGCUACAAGGGAGGAGAUCCCAAGCAUUGGGAGACUGGAAGCCCAGCUAAAAGCCUGCUUAUGCCGGCUUGUUUUCUCUAAAGCAAAACCAUCAGUGCUGGCGCUGUCCCUCAUUGCUCAAGAGUUUGAAGCCCUCCAGUCCAUCACCUUGUUGAAGAUUGUACAGCAAUUUCAAAGACACCUAAAGAUCAGCGACAGCGAGUUGCUCCACUGGAAGGAACUUGUGGCCCAAUGCAUGACUGAAUACUGUUCAAGCGAAUGUAACAAACCAGACAACAAAAAGCUUGUUUGGAUCGUUUCCAGGAGAACAGCACAGAAUCUUCAGGCCAAUCACUUCAGUGUGCCCGGCCUGCCAACUAUUCCUGAGGGGAGCUGGGACGAGAGUGAGAGUGAGGACUCCUGUGAGGACAUGAGCUGUGGAGAAGAGAGCCCAUGCGGCUCGCCAGGAAGUGACGGCGAAGGAGCCUUCUUCCCCUCCGCCUUUCUCAACCGCAAAAAGUGAUGAGUCCUCAUUGUGCAGAAGGGACAGAUGUGUAUUUGUCCCUUGAUCGGAUUUAGGGUGGUCACCGUGUUUCUGAGAAAACCUGUAUUUCACUUGUUUCAUCACUGUAUAGGUACAACAAGUGACAGGUUUCAAUCAAGUGCCUGUUGAUUCAGUUUACUGUCUGUGUCUUUAAUGUUAAAAAAACAUAUCUUAUAAAUGCAAAAUGGAAAAUUGCAAUAUCUUGGCAGCUUGAUGGCAUUGCUUCUGAAUGUCUUCUUUGGAUUUGUUUGUAUUCAAGCCGGCACAUUCCAGGAAAAGCAGUGAAGAACAACCUAGAACUUGUGUAUGUCAGUCGUGAGGUACACUCACUGUUGAAUAGUACCAUCUAACACACUAGCACAUCCUCAAUCUUUUUUUUAAACCUGUUUUUAUACUCAGUACCAUACAUAUAGACAGUAUUCUGCAAGCGUAUGUUAUACGUAUGUACACAAUCCUAAUGUGACAUAUAGGACAUUGUAGUGUGAAAUUAUCAGACUGUAUAUGCAUGGAUACAUUGAAAUAUGUGAUUAUGAAUGGAUUUUUCUAUGUUUACCAAAAUAAGCUUACUGUAAAAAUGUUUAAAAAAAAUGUAUAUAACAUGUAAAAAAGGAGUAAAAAAUUUGUGAAUGCUACAUAAUGUGUGUUGUAUUUGGAAAUAAUGUGGAUGUUGGAAGGGUCAGAAUUAAUCCUUCCAAAUAAUAAAAAAUAAAUCUUUUUAUCUACCA